AUGUACAACGGAGUGCUGACAUUAAAGCUUCCCAAAGGCAUGGAUAUCGUGGACUUCGCGGACGACGUCGCACUAACAGUGACAGGAGAAAUGCUCGUAGAGGUGAAGAUGCUAGCAAUCGAGUCCAUCGUCAUAGUAGAGAACUGGAUGCAAGCUGCGAAAUUGCGGAUUGCUCAUAACAAAACGGAAGUGCUGUUGGUGAGUAAUUGUAAAGCCGAGCAGCGGGCGGAAAUCACAGUUGGUGAACACGCGAUAACAUCGAAGCGCACGUUGAAGUACUUGGGAGUUCUGAUCGACGACCGACUGAAUUUCAACAACCACUUCGACUGCGCCUGCGAGAAAGCAGAAAAGUCCAUCAGUGCGAUAGUGAGAAUAAUGCCGAACAACGCUGGACCCUGCAGUAGCAAAAGGUGUCUUCUAGCUACUGUAUCCUCGUCAAUACUGCGGUACGGAGCGCCAGCCUGGUCCGCGGCUUCUCAAAACCCAUCGGAAUCGCAGACAACUGAACCGAACGUUUCGACUCACGGCGAUGCGAGUUUUGAACACGUACAGGACGAUUUCGUUGGAAGCAGUAUACGUUAUCGCCGGCAUGAUCCCGAUUUGCAUCACCCGGGCGGAAGACGGCGAGUGUUACAGACGUAA